AUGUCUUCCGGUAUGACCUAUUAUUUUCGUAGGAGUUUUUCACCAGCUCUCCUCGUUACACAUCAAGUCAUGCUCCUUCAACCACAAAAAAUUGCGUUAAGAAAUUCAAAUCCUCAUAUGUUUCUUUCGAAACCUUAUACAAAUUCCGCUCCUAAUGAGUCUGCUUCCUUCGCCUGGAAAAAGAAAUGGGAUUCAGUACAAAUCUAUUUACGUUCUAUCGACUGGAAACAACGAAUAUGGGGAAUAUUUGGACUUUUGUCAAGUGGUGGUGUAGUCUUUCUAGCAGGAGAUCUUCUUUACGCUUGGUGG